GGAAGCCCUGGUGGUGAGAGCCAGAGCACAGGCUGGCACUUCCCCUUUCUGUGCAGGAGCGAGGCUGAGGCCCUGGGUCCCCGGCUAGUUGUCUCUGGAGAGUCAGAAGCAAGCAUGGAUCAAGAGGCUGUGGGCAACAUUGUGCUUUUGGUCAUCGUCACCCUCAUCAGCGUGGUCCAGAAUGCGUUCUUCGCCCACAAGGUGGAGCACGAAAGCAAGACUCAGAAGGGGAGAAGCUUCCAGAGGACCGGGACUCUUGCCUUUGAGCGGGUCUACACUGCCAACCAGAACUGCGUAGAUGCGUACCCCACUUUCCUUGUGGUACUCUGGACUGCGGGACUGCUUUGCAGCCAAGUUCCUGCCGCCUUCGCGGGACUGAUGUAUUUGUUUGUGAGGCAAAAGUACUUUGUCGGCUAUCUGGGAGAGAGAACGCAGAGCACCCCUGGCUACAUAUUUGGCAAGCGCAUCAUCUUGUUUCUGUUCCUCAUGUCCCUCGCCGGGAUACUCAACCAUUACCUCAUCUCCUUCUUCGGAAGCGACUUUGAGAACUACAUAAGAACUGUGACCACAACCAUCUCCCCUCUGCUUCUCAUCCCCUGA